AUGAUUUGGCUAAGUUAUUUUUUUUUGUCUUUAUUCUUUUUUCUUUUUAUAAAAGUUACUAUUUCGUAUGAAUUUAGUUCUAGGAAUAUAUCAUAUAAGAAAUUUAUGUUUACUGAAACAAAAAUAAGUAAAUUAAAAGUAGCUGAUCCUCCUUAUACUGUUUUUAAUUUUGCAACAGAAGUUGUUAAUACAAAUGAUAUCAUUGAAAAUGAACUACUUAAAAAGGAAAAAAAGGCUAUGAGAAGAUUUAAAUAUGAUUUGGAUGAAAAAAAAGAUAGAUCUAACAAAAUCUUAAACAAAAUCUUAAAGGACAGCAAAGAAUUUUUUGAAAAUGAAUGA